AUGGAGAACCAACACGGCGCAUACGGCUCCUUCGGCUCCGCCAACGACAAGGACCUGGUCAAUAAGGUCAACGCCUUCAACGAGAGCAAGAUCGAGCACGGAAGCGAGGGGACCUCGUCGGCAGAGAACAAGGCCACGCAGCCGAUACUCGGGACCUCCGACGGCGGCAGCGGAGACGUGCAGGAGACCGGCAGGAAAGUGACGGAGAAGGUCGGGGAUAUGCUGAACAAGAACAAAUAG